AUGUCAAAAGAUGAAUUAAAAUAUGACAGUACGCCUUAUUCCAGUCGUCCUGUGUCUGAUGAUGAAGAUGGAGGGCAACAACGCUUCGGAGAUGAAGGCAACACAAGUGAAGACUUCAAUUGGGAAGAAGAUGACCCAGAGGACUUUCACGGGGAAGACGAAAAAGGGGUUCCUCAAAAGAGUUCAAUCAGUUUCUUUUUUCUGUCUCGUAGUUCAUCUUUAAUUUCAUGGAUCAUCUUUAUCUUCCUCACAUUGGCUUCUGUGGCUGUCUGUGUGGUUAUUUUUGUCAAAGUCAAACCACAAACAGAUCCUACCUUGACAUCGUACAAUUUAGCCCUUUGGUUUACAUUUAUUGCUUUCAUGUUCUGUAUCUCAUUUGUCACUCAAUGUGUCGUGGAGAUCGUUCCUUGGAUCGUCAAGAACAUAGCUUCCAUCUUCUUUCCUCGAAAGACAGAAGUCUUAAAAGCAAGACUAUCGUAUUAUAUGGCGCUGCGAUUAUAUACCAAGUUAGUAGGCAUUGGCGCCUGGGCAUGGGGCUCAUGGGCCUUUCUUCGUUGGCAUAUUGAAGGACCAGAAUAUGCAUCUCGACCCGUCUAUGUGGCUACACUUGAGCGAGUCAUGGAAUGUUUCUUUUUGCUCAUGUUGUUUCUUUUUAUCGAAAAAUUCAUUUUGCAACUGAUCGUUACUUCCUUUCACAAAAAAGCGUAUGGUGACCGCCUGGUGAAAAACGAAAGAGCACUUCGCAUCCUGGAUAAACUGAAACGUGUCAAACGCACCAUGCCUCAAGACUUUUUAUUAAAGCGUAUCAAGAAAACAGCUAACAAGCAGCGCAACCCACUUCAGACGCAAAAAAGCAAUGAAGGAAGUGAAUAUGGGUUUCCGGUUUAUGGCCAACAUAAGAAAUUCAAGACAAAACCCAUCAUAAGUACCAAUCCAAGUACACCCGUCAAUGAAGAAGCAACAACAAAACAAAAUGUGAGAUUUCCUCCGACGCAAGAUAUGGACACAUUGAUUCCCAUCCCACCAUUGAAUGAGAGAAACAAUAGUCAUAUUUCGGUGGAACAGCCUUCUCAGGUGAACAAAACAAAACAAGAAAAAUCAAGUUAUUUAAACAACAUUCGACAACGAAUGAAGCGUCAUCAAGAACGUCAAACAAUCGAACAAAAAAACGAAAUUGCAGAUGAGCAAGAAGAAAUCAAAUCUGAACGUCGUCUUGAAAACUACGAGCAAGAACAAAACCCAGGUCGGUAUCCUUUAAAGAGGGCCAAUACAGGCGUGUCCACUUUCAGUUCAGCGAACAGCAGUAUCCUCGAUGCUUCCUUUUUUAAUACCUGGAGUCUCAAAGACGGAUACCAGCGUCUAUUCAAAGAAUCGAUUUUGCAACAAGAUGCUAUUCAUCAAGCCAAGAUAUUGGCUCGUAGUAUUUACCAUAAUGUCAUGGGUCCAAAUCCUGUUCGUCAAUACAUGAUUGAAUCUGAUCUUUAUGAAUUCUUCAAGACCAUCAGUGAAGCAAAAGAAGCCUUUAGCUUGUUUGACACUGAUACCAAUGGCGAUAUUAGCAAGCGCGAAAUGCGUGCCGGCUGUAUUCGUAUCUAUCGUGAACGUAAGGAUUUAGCUAGAUCUAUGCGUGAUAUGUCUCAAGUCACUGGAACACUGGACAUCAUUUUGUUGAUUGUGUUUGCAUGUAUAUGGGCUGUGGUGGUGAUGGCGGUAUUUGGCGUGAAUGUGGGCACACAAUUGACGCCCUUAUGGAGUGCUUUUAUUGCUGCUAGUUUUAUCUUUGGUAACAGUGCAAAAGAUGCAUUUGAAUCUAUUCUUUUUGUUUUUGUGACACAUCCAUUUGAUACUGGAGAUCGUGUGUUUAUUGAUACUGAAAACUGGACAGUUGCAAGUGUGGGCCUUAUGGUGACAACCUUCUUAAAAUGGUCUGGCGAUGUUGUCUAUGUUAAAAACACAGUAUUGGCAACCAAAUACAUUAUCAAUUGUCGUCGAACAGGCAAUACGACAGAAGCAUUCGAUAUUCAAAUUUCGUAUCAUACACCUACUUGGAAGAUUCAAGCACUUGGUGACCAUAUGGUCAAAUGGGCCAAUGAAUAUCCCAAGCUCUACACACCUAAUUCUACCGGUGUCAAUAUCAUUAAUCUCGAAAACCUGAAUCGAAUCACACUCACUUUUUACUUUGAACAUAGUAACAAUUUCCAAGAUGCUGGUGGCCGUUGGUUGCGCCACAACAACUUUAUGAUGGAACUUAAGGAUGAACUGCAACGUCUCUGUAUUACUUAUACUCAACCUGACCAACCUGUCAUUCAUGCCUAUCCCAAUGCUGAAGGAGAUGAUGAUGAUGCAAGCAUAAUUAAGGCACAAAAAGAGCGUUAUGAAGAAGGUGAAGAACGACUAAGAAGACGCUAUACUGCUUCAAAGCCAUAUGAAAACAUUACUUCUAAAUACCAGAACCAAGCUGAUUCAAAUGGAACCAGUGGAGGAGGCGACGGUGUUAAUGGUGAUGGUGUUGAUAGUAGUACCGCUGCUGCCUCUGCUGCCACUGUUGUUUUUACAACAGGAGCCAUCUAA